GACGUCACGGCAGUCUGAAUCAUCAAGGCCAUUUUCAAAUCCCAUUGGUCUAGCCGUCACAUGGUGAGAACCGAAUGCGCGGAUAAUUAUGGAGCUGAUAUUUCCCCCCCUCCCCUUCUUUUUCCUCCCUCCCCUCCAACCGCGCCCCCCCUCCCGGAUGGGGAAAAAAAAAGAUGUCAGCUCCUCUGCUGUAGUAUUGCUCCUUAAAAACCCCUCUCUCUGAAAAUGACAUGCCCUCGCAAUGUAACUCCGAACUCGUACUCGGAGCCCUUGGCUGCGCCCGGCGGAGAAGAGCGCUAUAGCCGGAGCGCAGGCAUGUAUAUGCAGUCUGGGAGUGACUUCAACUGCGGGGUGAUGAGGGGCUGCGGGCUCGCGCCCUCGCUCUCCAAAAGGGACGAGGGCGGCAGCCCCAGCCUCGCCCUCAACACCUAUCCGUCCUACCUCUCGCAGCUGGACUCCUGGGGCGACCCCAAAGCCGCCUAUCGCCUGGAACAACCUGUUGGCAGGCCGCUGUCCUCCUGCUCCUACCCACCUAGUGUCAAGGAGGAGAAUGUCUGCUGCAUGUACAGCGCAGAGAAGCGGGCGAAAAGUGGCCCCGAGGCAGCUCUCUACUCCCACCCCUUGCCAGAGUCCUGCCUUGGGGAGCACGAGGUACCCGUGCCCAGCUACUACCGCGCCAGCCCGAACUACUCCGCUCUGGACAAGACGCCUCACUGUUCUGGGGCCAACGACUUCGAAGCCCCUUUCGAGCAGCGGGCCAGUCUCAACCCGCGCACGGAACAUCUGGAAUCGCCUCAGCUGGGGGGCAAAGUGAGUUUCCCUGAGACCCCCAAGUCCGACAGCCAGACCCCCAGCCCCAAUGAGAUCAAGACGGAGCAGAGCCUGGCGGGCGCUAAAGGGAGCCCCUCGGAGAGCGAAAAGGAGAGGGCCAAAACUGCCGACUCCAGCCCAGACACCUCGGAUAACGAAGCGAAAGAGGAGAUAAAGGCAGAAAACACCACAGGAAAUUGGCUGACAGCAAAGAGCGGAAGGAAGAAGAGGUGCCCCUAUACUAAACACCAGACGCUGGAAUUGGAGAAAGAAUUUCUGUUCAAUAUGUAUUUGACGCGAGAGCGCCGCCUGGAGAUUAGCAAGACCAUUAACCUUACAGACAGACAAGUCAAAAUCUGGUUUCAAAAUCGCAGAAUGAAACUCAAGAAAAUGAACCGAGAGAAUCGGAUCCGGGAACUGACCUCCAAUUUUAAUUUCACCUGAGCGCGCGGCCUCUUCUCCUCCCUUCCCCCUCCUUCCUUUCCCCGCCCCUCCUCCCUUUGUGCCUGGUGAUAUAUUUUUUUUUCCUCCCUGAGUAUAAAUGCAACGCGCCUGCAAAAAAGGCAAAGACCUCAGACUCUCCUUCCAAGGGACCUAUGGUUCGUGCUGCGAAGAUGCUUCCACUUAAAGCAUGAGAAAUGGGGUGCCGGGGUGUGGGGUGUGGUGUGUGCCCUCAUAGAUGGGGGUGGGAGUGUGGCUGGUGUGUGUGUCAAACCCUCACUCACCCACGCACUCACGCACAGCAUUCUGUUCUCCAUGCAAAGUUAAGAUCGAAUCCACCCGCUUGUAGGGGAAAAAAAGGAAAAAAAAUUAACCAGAGAGGGUCUGUAAUCUCGCAGAGCAGAGGCAGAAUCGUUCCUUCCUUGCUGCAUUUCCUCCUUAGACUAAUAGACGUUUUGGAAAGUUUGGCUAGUGUUCGUGUGUUUGUCGUAGCACCCAGAGCCUCCACCAAACCCUCUCCGUGUCUUUACCUCCCAGUCGCUCUAAGAAUCUGCUUGAAGUCUCGUAUUUGUACUGCUUUCUGCUUUUCUCCCACCCCUCCCAGCACCCCCACAUCCCCCAUCUACUAACAUCUCAGAAAUUUCAUCCAGAGGAACAAAAAAAUUAAAAAUAGAACAUAGCAAAGCAAAGACAGAAUGUCCCCCCCCCCCCCAAUAUUGCUCUGUCCCUGUCUGGGAGUUGUGUUAUUUAAAGAUAUUCUGUAUGUUGUAUCUUUUGCAUGUAGCUUCCUUAAUGGAGAAAAAAAAUCCUAAUAAAUUUCCAGAAUCAUAAUCCUCAAA